AAUGGUACGGUCGGUUCUGGUUGCUAUGGAAACGUGUAGCUGUUGGGCAAAACAGCGCAGGCGCAGAAGCAGAUUUAUUCUUUAAAAGCAUGCAAACCCCUGAUCCAAAUACAUUAACGUAUUUGUCAGUAUAAUCAUCGCGACUGAUAGCUAAAUUGAAAUGUAAACAAAAUUCUAGAAGAAAAGCAUACCAUUUGAAUCGAAUAACUGGUUAACUAAAAUAAUAUUGUUCCUAAACCAACUAUCUAAAAAGUUAGAUUUUCUGCUGUUCAUUGAUGACCGCAGAUUAGCCUACGGUAUUUCUGCGGUUCUACCUUCGUGCUGUCAUGGUUCUGCAGCGCCCCCGUGUGGUGGCUAUUAAUCUUUGGCGGACCAAACUCGGAGGAGCAGGUGUGGCGACCUGAUGCCGGAAAUCACGGGUGCUAAUCUUCACAAUAAAACCACAAUUUUGUUUUACCUUUGUUAACCAGACAUUACUACACCAAUGACGUUUAAAUAUAGUGGAAUCAUUUUUUCUCAAAUUAGUUAACAUCCAGUCCGCACACGUUCCUGUUGCUUUUUCAUCUGUUAUUCACAGAUUCCACAAUAACACGAUUUAGUUUUUGAACCCAAAUUAAUAUGUUUCUGCUAAAGUGCCCAGCUUUUUAAUUAGUGUACUUUAAGUUUUACUUUGUAUCUUUAGUUCUCUUGCUGUUUAUCUGUUUCUUUCUUUCUUCCUUUAACAUAUUUGUAUUUUUAAAUCUUUAUGCGCUGUCGUCUUCUUUUUCUGGUGUCGUGGUGCAACCCUUAUUCUGAAAAACCAAACCGGAAAGCGUUCCCGCGCGCAGACGAUUUCACGAGCGGUGAGCUGGAAGUAAGACUGUCCUAUGAUGAGCGCGCACCGGUGCCGGCUGUGGGGGGGAGAGGACGCUGACUGAACCGGUUAUCUUGGUAUAUCAAAGUCCUUUUUCAAAGUGUUUCAUGUUUUUAAUGUAGAUAAAUCUUUAAAGAGUUUGACUGAUUAAAUAAAUUAAAAUAAAAUCCCGAGGAUGCUUACAGACAUGAUUGUGGAGGAAGAAUUUGAGAUAAAGGAGGAGGAACCGUGGUACGACAAGCAAGACCUUGAACAUGACCUGCAGCUGGCAGCCGAGCUGGGGAAGACCCUUCUGGAGAGGAACAGGGAGCUGGAGCAGGGGCUCAAGCAGAUGUACUCCAACAACCAGGAACAACUGCAGGAGAUCGAGUACUUGACCAAGCAGGUGGACCUCCUCAGACAGGUUAACGACCAGCACGCAAAAGUGUACGAGCAGCUCGACCUGUCGGCCCGAGAGCUGGAGCAGAGCAACCACAAACUUGUUCUGGACAACCGGGCAGCCCAGCAGAAGAUCCAAGGGCUUACAGAAACAGUGGAGCUACUGCAGAUGCAGGUGGAGGAGCUGCAGCAUCAGGUGGAGGAGCUGAAGCUGAGUCCCUUUCCACCUCAGAAACCUUCACACAGAGAGAGCUGGCCUCGCAGCACUCGCAGCGUGUCCUGCCUGCAGGAGCUGCAAAACACACUCAGGUACGACUACGAUCCCGACAAACCCUUAAAGGAUAUCGAGCCGUCUACCACAUCAUGGCAGGAAGAGGAGCAGGACUCGCUGCGACAGUCCCUCCAUGCUCUUCAGACACAGUUUGCCACUGAGCGUGCUCGGAGGGAAGAAGCAGAGCGAGAGGCUGAGCUGCUCGCCAGAGAAAAUGCAGAGCUGGAGCAGCAGCUGGCCGGGAUGGCAGGAUGUCAGGCCCGACUGUCUGAGCUGGAGCGCGAGGCGGAGGAGCUUCGUCAGCUCUGGAAAUCAGAAUCCUCUACAAGAUGCAACAGGCCAGACGUCCUCCACGGCCUGCUGCCACACACAGUGUUCCUCAACCCAGAGGAGGAGAAUGACGGAGAGGCAUCUUUGGCUAAAAGCCCCGCGGUCCUGAAGCGCUGGAGAAGUGAGCGGCUGAUGAAGGCGACGCAGAUGCCAGACUCUCCUGACAGGGUCUAUGACCACGAGUGCUCCUGCGUGCGCCGGGCCGAGGUAGUGAAAUAUCGCGGGAUCUCGCUGCUCAACGAGGUUGACGCCCAGUACAGCGCCUUGCAGGUGAAGUACGACGAGCUGCUUCGGCGCUGCCACUCUGAGGAAGACGAGCAGGACAAACUGAGCCACAAGUCAGUGCAGACUGCAUCCUUCAUCGCCACCAUAUUCCCUCCUCUGACAGACAGGGAGGGCUUUGAGGAUGACGUUCACCAGCCGGAGUACAAGAAACUCUUCAGGGAAAUUUUCUCCCGCAUCCAGAAAACCAAAGAAGACCUGAUUGAAAGCCGGGGGAAACACUCAGCUGGGAAAGCUCUGCCUAAUUAAACACUUGUAAAAAGUUAAAAGGGGGGGAAACAAGAACAAAAUAACCGUCUAAUAACCGUCUUCCUGUUUUGGAACAGCUCUUCGAAAGACUUUUAUCUACCCAGAAACUGUGAUCACCGCACAAACAGCUUUACAGAUAAGGGCAACACAGGAACACAAAGGCUAACACCACCAGCUCACGUCGCAGAUGUGGCUCGUUUUGCACAGAAACACCAGUGCCUGACGCCACCGUCUCUACUGUGCAAUCGCUUUACCUCAAUUUGCGAAAACGUGUUCACAAACAACCUCCUGGGGGAAAUUUUCUGGGGGAAAUUUGUCUUCCUUUAAGCCAACUAGUUUGAGUCACACAGUUUCCUUUUAGAGAAGAAGCAUUCUAAAGUAAAAUCAUCAAGUUCCCAGUAAAGAUGCAAAAUUCUAGAAAAUAUAGAAAGUGUACGUCUUCCUUAGAGUAAAUACUUCCUGGAAAUCAAACCGCAUCAAAGCUUGAACUUAGGCUCUGUGACAUUUGUUCUAGACUAAGGUAACACCCAACAAGUAGUCUGAAACAUUAAGUGUUUUAAUUUUACUGUCGGAGAAGACAAAUAUCCCAAAAAAGUACACAUUCAAGAAGCUAGAGCUGGGACUUUUAGCUUCUUUAUUGAAAAAACAGCAGUGGUCCACUGUUUUCUGAUUCUGCUCCGUUUAUGGUUACAACCAGCCGCUGAUGGAAAUCUCCGCCCUUUAGCCUAUCGGCGCUCCACCAGCUUCUUGUUAACGGUGCGUCUCAGAGGUGCUGAGCAGGUAUUGUGCUGAGACCAGAAAGGGAACAAAAGCAAUAAAAGUUGUUGGCCAGGCAGCUAAACAAUGACUGCGUCUCGUCUCAACUCUUUGGAUCACAUGAUCACAAUCGCUUUUAUAUAUUAACUCCAAAUGGCGUUGCUCUUUCUGGGAAAUUUCCAACAUCAUUAUUAGGAAAUUAUGGACCUGUGAAACAGAAGACCAUGUCUGUUUUGGGAUUUUUUUGUUUGUUUGUUUGUUUGUUUUUAACAGAGCUCAUGUGAGCUGAUAUACUUUAUAAUCUAUGGUUUUCUUCUCCGCUGUAGCAAAAAAGUGAAUUUCUCGAUGGUAGUUUUCCUGCACUUGUUAGAGUCACCAUUGCAAUGUUGACUAAGUCUGGGUAUACAAUGAAUGACGUAUUUGUGAUGGAGUUCAGAGGUGAUUUUAGGUGCUCUAAUAUAUUAGAUAAUAUAUUGUAACUGAUGCAUUAUCCUCCUGAAUUUAUACUUGAUUGUCUCGUGGUAGUUUAGAUGGCUGUAAGCGAAUGUUAUAAUAAAGUUUACCAAAAUAUUAACUGUGUACUUGAUAAUAUAACCUGUAACGGUGUCUUGAAGCUUUUUCUUAGCAGCACUUCUGUUGCUUCUGCUGCCCGAUGUUCACGAGUCCUUGUUCAGCUUAACUGUGCACUGCUGUGUCUGUAGAUGUCUGUAAAAUCUCAAUGAGAUGCACUUUAGAAUUGCACAGGCGUUUUCGAUGCUCUUCUGACACUUUGCGUGUGUGUUGUAAAUGUAGCUAGCUAAUGCUACAUGUGGUGUGCUACUGUCUCCUUCAGAGACCUGAAUAAUCUGCUGUGUUUUUUGCUGUUUCAUGGUUAAUGUUACUUCUCUGAGCCAUUAAAACAUGAAGCAAGCUGAGA